AUGCAAGAUGGCCAGCCAGUUCUAGGCAAGCGCAAGAAACCUUACAAGAAGCUAUUUAUCUUCAGGGACUCGACUUUAUAUCUGCGAGCUGAAAGUGAAGACUCUCUUGUAGUCGUCAACAUCACUCUUGGAGUGUACGAUUACCGGGAGAAGGGUUACGUGGUCUACUUUUCUAUAUGGAAUGAUGCGGGGCUGCGGAUUAAUAUAUUUAAUCUGACAACUCCUUCAAGUGGGAAAACUAAACCUGCCUCUCUCGGGGAUGGCGCCAUUACACAAGUUUUUGUCGUUCUAAAUGUAGUUCUUCUUCAAGCAACUAUGUCUUUACGAGUAUAUGUGCUCUUUGAAAAGUCAAAACGAACACUCCUUGUUAUUGGGCCAUGCUUCUUCAUCACACAAGGCAUCGCCAUUACCCUCACCUGCUUGUCUCUCGCACAAUAUGCAGACUAUUGGAGGCAACGUUGGAGGGAGCCACUCGCCAGUACCUUUGCAUUGGUGUUUGAAGUCAUUCUUUGCGUAUUUUCCCUGAGAUAUGUCGCCAAAAACAUUCCAGCUUCACUUUGGAUCACGCCAAGGCAAGGCGCAAGAAACCUUGCACGGUUCAUUACUGUUUUGUUCGUCAUGACAGGCCCUUGGAUGGUUAUCAGUCUACAGAAGAGCUACGCCAAGGCACUAGAAACAAAGUCAGCUGGGUCGAGUGAGUUCAUGACUGGCAUGGUGUUUGCGCGUGCGCAACAGGAUGUGGAGGGCCAACAAUCAGGGAAUUUGACAGCAAUUUCGAGUCGCACUGUCGCUUAA